CAUGGACGUCAGACUACUACCUCUUCCGAUGAACAUAACGCCUGCGUUCAGCAGUGCGGAACGUGCAUAUGGGGAGAAUGCCAAAAACACAAGACUUUUAGGCUGAUUAGCAGCAGCAACCCUACUCCAUGCAGGUGGAGCAUCUCUUGGAAUUUGAGGUAUCUCGUUGAUGCAGAGAAACUGAGCAGAAUAUUUUUUUGCCAUGAAAACUUAUCGAAGAAUUCUGACACAUUCGCAUGUGGAAUACAAAACAAAAUAUGACUAGGGGAGUAGCCUUGUUGUGGAAGAGGAACGAGAAUCUCGCGAGAUAAAAUAUUGCUACACAGCGUGGUUUUGCUUUGACAACGCGAGAUCAAGCUGAGCGUGUAGGCUACUGCUACAUCAGAUACUACUGGCGUAGUUCUAGAGUAAACUCAACUAUCACUCUGGUAAAUAACUUAUUUUCUCACUCAUACGAAUUACCACUAUUUUGUCAAACAAAUAAGACCCGUCAUACAGUAGGCCUACGUUGAAUAUAUCGCUGAAACAAGCAAACUUACAACCGAAUAAUUAUCGUUCCUUGCAUUUUAAAGUGAAAGUAAACCCGUAUAAGGCCUUGGAUCGAUGGAAGAACCUAUGGACCAAGAUACGUCUAAAGGGCGUUCGCCUCUGGAACAGGACUUGACUUGUUCCGUCUGCCUCGACCUCUAUCGGGACCCUGUGCUUUUAACUUGCAGUCAUAGCUUCUGCAGCGAGUGUCUGAAGAAUGCCUGGAAGUCCAAUCUGAAGUCCAAUCCGAAGAAGUGUCCCUUAUGCAAGGCUGCCUUCGAGGGAGAGCAGCCGACCCCCAACCGUGCGCUCAACGACACCUGCGAGUCUUUCCGUAGGGAGAAACAAUGGCAGAAUAGACACAAUCCUGCUCAGCAGAGUAUUUGCCGCAUGCACGGAGAUGUAUUUCAGAUCUACUGUAUGAAAGACCAAGAACUGCUGUGUCCUAAAUGUGUGACACAGCACCCGUAUCACGAGAUUGUCCCCCUACAAGACGGAUUGACCUACUGCAAGGAACAACUUGACUUCAAAAUAAAGAUUUUGGAGAAAAAAUGGAGAUUGUACAAGAACAACACAAAAAGUUUCACCAAUACAAAGGAGUUUAUCGAGCACCAGGCCGGGCAGGCUGCAGAGAGCAUCAAGGCUGAGUUUCAGAGGCUCCACAAAGCACUGGAUGCAGAGCAGGAGGCCCGCCUGCAGGCCCUUGCAGCUGAGGAGCGGGAGAAGACCGGCGCCAUGGUGGCCAUGGUGGCGCAGGCCAAUGAGGGCAUCGCCUCUCUGACCCCAAUCAUACAGAAUCUGAAGAGGGAGAUGGGGGACGAAGACGUCACCUUCAUGCAGAAAUUUCCACUCUUGAAGGACAGUGCCCAGUGGCCUCAUGAAGACCUCCAGCAUCCUCCAGGAGCUCUGCUGGACAUGGGAAAGCAUGUGGGCUCCCUAGGCUUCAACAUCUGGAAAAAUAUGCAGGCCCAUGUCCAAUACAACCCCGUGGUGCUGGACCCGAACACAGCCUCACCCUGGCUGGACCUGGCUCCCGACCUGACCAGCAUGAAAGAAAGCCAGCAGCGUCAGGAGGUCCCGGACAACCCGGAGCGCUUCGAUCCCUGCGUGUUCCUCAUGGGAGCCGAGGGCUUCUCCAAAGGCAAGCACCGGUGGGACGUCGUCGUCGGGGACAACCCAAAGUGGAUGAUGGGCGUUUGCGCCGAGUCGCUGGCCCGCAAGAAGAGGUUCACUGUGUCCCCCAAGCGCGGCGUGUGGAGCAUCGCCCUCAGCAAGGGGGUGCUGACCGCACUCACAGUCGAGCCCACAAAGAUCGAGGUGGUGACUCGCUUGGAGAAGGUGCGUGUCAAGCUGGACAUGGACAAAGGAGAGGUGUCGUUUUGGGAUGGCGGAACGCUGACUCACCUCUGCACCUUUAAUCACAAGUUCGACGAGAAGAUGUUCCCACUCUUCGGCCCGGGACUACAAAGUACACCAAUGGCCCUGGCUCCUGGAAAGAUGGUUCUGCACACCUCUUGACAUUCCCAAUGAGGCCACCCAUGCUAAGAAUGUAUGCACUCUCUAUUCCAGUGUUUGUUUUUAUUAUUGUUUUAUUAUUUUUUUCUUAAUUUUAUUUGUGUGGGAAUGUUUUCAAAUUCAAAUAAAUACCUAGUAUUUAUAGUUUACCCAUCACAUGUAAUCAUCACUCUACAUAUUCUGUGUACUUAUUGAGACCUUAUAUAAGUGCUAAUUGAAGUGUGGUAACUUUCUUUAGAAUGUACCUAAACAAACACACAACUGAUUAAAUAUGAUAAAUACAUACAUUUAAUUUGCUGGUUUGUAGCAUCUUAAAUUCAGGUUGUCAUUUGUAUCAGCCAUAUUAAUUUGAUGUCAAAAGUUAUGUUAACUUAACAAUUAUUUACAAUAAAGACAACUUAUAUGGAGAA